AGACUGCUGGGAUAAAUACUACGGAUAAAGAGCUGGAGAUUCUCUACCUGACCAAUGUGUCUUUCGAGGAUGCGGGGCAAUACACUUGUCUGGCAGGGAACUCGAUUGGCUAUAACCAUCACUCUGCUUGGCUUACAGUCUUACCAGCGGUGGAGAUGGAGAGAGAGGAUGAUUAUGCAGACAUCCUCAUCUAUGUGACAAGCUGCGUGCUCUUCAUUCUCACCAUGGUCAUCAUUAUUCUCUGCCGAAUGUGGAUAAACACGCAGAAGACUCUCCCGGCACCACCUGUUCAAAAACUGUCCAAAUUCCCCCUCAAGAGACAGGUGUCCUUGGAAUCCAACUCUUCCAUGAAUUCAAACACCCCGCUGGUCAGGAUCGCCCGCCUGUCAUCCAGCGAUGGGCCGAUGUUGCCUAACGUGUCUGAACUUGAACUGCCCUCUGACCCCAAGUGGGAGUUUACUCGAACAAAGUUAACGUUGGGGAAACCGUUGGGAGAGGGCUGCUUUGGGCAGGUGGUGAUGGCUGAAGCCAUUGGGAUUGACAAAGAAAAACCCAACAAACCUCUAACUGUUGCUGUCAAGAUGCUCAAAGAUGACGGCACAGAUAAAGACCUGUCAGACCUUGUGUCUGAAAUGGAGAUGAUGAAGAUGAUUGGGAAACAUAAGAACAUCAUUAACUUGCUGGGAGCAUGUACUCAAGACGGUCCUCUGUACGUGCUGGUAGAAUACGCCUCUAAAGGGAAUCUUAGGGAAUACUUACGAGCCAGAAGGCCACCUGGGAUGGACUACUCAUUCGACACCUGUAAGAUCCCAAACGAAACGCUAACAUUUAAAGACCUGGUGUCCUGCGCCUAUCAGGUCGCCAGGGGUAUGGAGUACCUGGCCUCAAAGAAGUGUAUCCAUAGGGACCUCGCAGCCCGGAAUGUUCUGGUUACCGAGGACAACGUGAUGAAGAUUGCAGACUUCGGCCUUGCCAGAGAUGUGCACAACAUUGACUACUACAAGAAGACCACCAACGGUCGUCUGCCCGUCAAAUGGAUGGCACCAGAAGCACUGUUCGAUCGCGUCUACACGCACCAGAGCGAUGUGUGGUCUUAUGGUGUGUUGUUGUGGGAGAUUUUCACUCUUGGUGGAUCCCCGUAUCCAGGUAUCCCAGUGGAGGAGCUCUUUAAACUGCUGAAGGAAGGCCAUCGAAUGGACAAACCGGCCAACUGCACUCAUGAACUGUACAUGAUCAUGCGAGAAUGUUGGCAUGCUGUUCCUUCACAAAGACCCACGUUCAGACAGCUGGUGGAGGACCACGACAGGGUUCUUUCCAUGACCUCCACUGACGAGUACCUGGACCUCUCUGUACCGUUCGAGCAGUAUUCACCGACCUGUCCGGACUCCAACAGCACCUGUUCCUCUGGCGAUGACUCUGUGUUUGCCCACGACCCCUUACCUGAGGAGCCAUGCCUCCCUAAACACCACCACAGCAACGGGGUCAUACGAACAUAAAGAAAAAAAAAAACAGGGAGCUUUAGGGUUUGGCUGCACUGGACCAGCAUGUGGCAGAGAAGCGCAGUGUGGGGAUCUCAUGAAAGCUUCAGACUUUCAGCUGUUCGCAGGUUUGAAGGACGGAUUUAGCUUUUCUCCUUCAGCACCUGCUUUUCUUCCAAAUCAUUAUUCAGCUUUUUGUCUUUGAAAAGAGAAUUCCUAUUUUUGUAUUCGGCCAGUUUCGUUUUUCCACAGUGAGAAGGGUCAAACCAUUCCGUGCCUACCAAAAAAAAAAAACAGAAAAAAACACACAAUUGCUGAACUAACUAAGAAUGGAUCAACACUGUGUGAUGGCACAGUUCGGAUAAGAGUCGUCCUGUCGAACGUGGACAAGAAGUGAUUUUACAGCAAUAUCUGACUGGAGUGAGAAUCAAACCCAUGGCCAGUCUCUUUUCUCCACUCCUCACAAAGAUCCUUUUUUUAAGAAGGAAAGAGAGAGAGGUCUCCUAGAUGUGAGAUUUAAUUGGAAGAUAAAUAUAUAUAACUGUGUGCUUUGUAUGUAUCUUAAAGUUUUUAUUGUAAAUAUAUAGAUAUAAAUAUGUAUCAUAUUGCAGUCGGUAGCAGUGUACUAAAAAAGAGAAGAAAGGCAACAUUUUUAAAGCAAGUGAUUAUACACUGUUGAGAUCAUGUAAACAUUUAAUCUUAAAAAAGCAAAACAAAAGUUUUAUUUGAAUUAACGUGUAUAUUUGUAAAGCUAUUUAUAGACUUAAGGUUUUUAAGGGGGUCUAAAAUUAUAGUGGGGUUUUGGUACUGUAAACAAGGGUCGUUUUCUUUUCUUUGAAUUUUUGUAAGUUAUUUACCACAGAAGUGCAAGAUCACAACCAGUGGGUUGUAUUUUGUUUUAUUUUUGCUUUCUUUUCUUUCUUUUUUGUUCCAUUAGUUUACAGUGACGAGAAUGUAUGAGUAACUAAUUGGCGAUAGUAGCAGAGUUUAAUGAAAUUUUCUAAUCUGAAAGCAUGAAACAGGUACUAUUUGCUGUAUCUCAGUAUUGAAUCCUAUGGUAAAAGGACCACGAGUCCUUUUACCAUAUUUUCCAUAUUUGGGCUUCCAUGCAUGACAGUUCACCAUAGUAUUUCUUUAAAAAAACAGUGUUGGUUUUCUCCAAAGGCGAGUGCUGUGGUCCUUUUAUUUAACAUUAUAUGAAGGAGUGCUAUGAGGGUGAAACCUAACAUAGCGUUUAUAGAUUAUAUGGUGAAACCAUAUUUCAAAUUUAUCGCUCUUAUUUGCUCUUUUUGCUAAUGAAUAUGUAUAAUAACACUUUGAGGUAAUCCUCCGGGUCGGUAUGUUUGCAAAGUGCCAAAAUCUUUCUCUCUGCUCUGAGUUUUAUGUUAAUGAGUACAGAACCGUUAUUGCUAUUCAACUCUAGCGUGCAUGGUUGUCAGAUGAGUGUCUCUGGCCCUGCGAAUCGAAGCGAAGCAUUAUGGGAUAGCUUGGUUGUGUCUCAGGGUGUCCUCAGACAAUUGCAUUCAAGCAGAAAGCUGGCAAUAAUAUAUAAUAGGGGGAGAAAAAAAGAGGAUGAUUCGCUUGCUGCUAAACUCGAAAACUGUAGAUUUGAUGGGAGGUGACUGUACAGGUGGCUCCCUCCUCCUGCAAACCAUUGAAUUUUUUUGUACUUGUUAAGUGCCUGGGAGGGAGUUGAGCGGCUUGCAACAUGCGUACGGUUUGAAUGUACAGCCACUUCAGUAAAGGUUUAAGCAGGGUGUUUCUUAAAAGCGAGAACGUUAAUAUUUGUAAGGCACUUUGAUGCAUUGAGAGUGGUAGCACACUGGAUGAGAAGCUCAGCACUGUGUCAUGUUUAAAAUCAGUUCAUCUGAUGCUUAUAAUCUGAUCACUAAACUUGAUUGAAGGUGGUUCAAAGUGUUCGAAGAAACAUAUAGCUUUUUUUGUAAAUAACACCAACUUAAUUAAAGCAACAAAAGAAAUCUGAAAUUGCAUACUAAUACAUAUAUAGUAGGUGAAAAACACUCUGUUACACAUGUAAACUAUUAUUCCCUGAAAAACAGAGAUGUUGUGUUGAUACUAUUUGGGGAUCCACUUAGAAUGGGAGCCAUGUGUGACAAAAGUAUGAUGUCUGAAUUUAAAAACUGGGCAAACAUGUACUAUAAUGUACUAUACUACACACAUGCAUAAUAUGUAGCCUAUACUUUUUAAGUACUUGUGUAGUUAUUUAUUCAGAACAAGUACAGUACCUACUCAAUUAUGCAAUUUGAGGAUGCUGCCCAGAUGUUGCAUGUGUCAAGAUUUUUUUAACAGCCCAUCUGGAAACAAAAGCUGUGCCUGAAAGCUUUACAUUUAAAUUCCAAGGCAGGAUGGCAUCAGGCACGUCUGAAUCUGAACUGUGAUCGAAUUUUGAAGGCAGUCUAGAUGUGUCCUUCACUGCUCUCCAUAUCCCACAAACUUGAGCGUCCCAUUACUGACAGUUGAGCUGAAAAAUAAACAUGAUGUUGUCUACAUCAUGUCAUGAUGUUUUCCACAUUUGAGGGCAUUUCUAGCAAGUAUUUAAUACUGUAGUAAGCAAAAAAAUCCCUUGGUUAUCACCAACGUUCUCAUUAUCUUACUGUACAUGUUUUGCUGUCUCAGAACCCUGUCGAAAUCCAGUUUUACAAUGUGCCUUCAUGCACAAAUGCUGACCCUAAUUUCACUGCCUGAUAGGCCAGCGAGGCAACAAGUCAUGUCACUUUUCGCCCCCAUUGACUUCCAUUCAUAUUUGUGCAAAUGCAUAAGACUGAAAAUGCAACGAGUUUCGCAUGUUGCUGCGUUCAAAAGUUCAAGCUUUGUGAAUUAUUCACUGAGCUAAAUAAAAGCCCAGCAAGCAUUUUUUUUCUUUGAUUUUAAAAGAUGUCUAAUAGAUGUCUAAUAGAUGUCAAACAUAGCCGUCUAGGCUAAAACAAGGCUAAAUUGGAGCUGUCAGUGAAAAUAGAAUAGAAUAGGCCAAAAUUAGACUAGUCAUCAAAUAAACAGAAAUGAUUGACUACACAUAAAGUCUGUCCAGUCGGUCUAUUUGACGACUAGUCUAGUUUUGGGCUGUUCUUAGAUGUUUAUAAGAUAGUUUUGUUGUUUUAGCCAAACUGUCAACAUUUAGAUAUCUAUUAGACGUCUAUUAAACACAAAAUUGUUAUCUGGUAGAUUAAAAAUGUUAAAUAUAAAGCAAUCAACCGUUUUAUCAAAGUCACAUCAAUGUGUUUUGUCCUGUCCCUUUUUGCAGCUCCUCCAGAACAAAUUUCUCAUUCUCAAACUCUAUUGAGAGCACAACUUAAGCUCUCAGACACAACUUUAAUAUUGAAAUAGACAGCCAAUGUUUUACAACUAUGAAAUGUAGUUAUCAUGAUCAACUAAAUGCAAGGUCUUCAAAAGUAUGUGUAGUUAUGGACUUUUCAAAGCUCCCCAAAUUGUUUAUCGACAUCACUGUUACAUUUUUAAACUCCUAAAUAAUGUACUUAAAUAAACAAACUGUGACUGGUAGCUUUACAUACCAGUCAAUCAAUCACUGGUUGGUUUUUGGCCAAUAAAAGUAUGAAAUUGUCCAGACGUUCUGUUGUCAGUUUGGCUAAUAUUGUUAAACUCUAUUCUUAUUGUUCCUGCUGUACUGUUUGUAAAAUAUAAGUUGGACCUGCUGUACUGCUCUUUUAAUUCAAUAUACUGUAGCAGUCAAAUGUUUGAAUUUUGAUGCAGCUCAACUGUUUAAAAUUUAAAGACAUUGUGCUGUGCUUUUCAUCCAGUUGUGCAACCACUUUAAAGGGAUAGUUCACCCAAAAAAUACCGCCAUUUACUUACCCUCUGCUUGUUUCAUUCCUCUUUUGAAUACAGUGGAUGAAAUUCUGAAUUCUGAAUGUUUAAAAACAGGUAGUCAUUGACUACCCUUAGUUAAUUUGUUUGUAUUUUCCCCUACACUGGGUGUCAGUAGUUACCAGUUUUUAAAAUUCGUUUGAAAAAGAACUUGAGGGAUUGAGUAAAUUAAUUUUAUUUUUGUGGAACUAUUUCUUUCAUUCUCAGAUUAUGUACUUUUCAGAUUUGAAUGACAUUGUUCUGUAUUUCCUUCUCCCAGCUGAGGGACAUCAUGUUUAUCCAGUGUUUGUCCAUAAUGAGUUAUUGAUUUACUGUUUGGUGUGGGAUGGCAGGGCAGGGCAAGCGAUCGCUCUCAGCUUACUCUUUUUUUUAAUUUUUAAAUUGUUUGUACAACCUGUAACCUCUGGCUCCCCUCCUUAUCCUCCUCUACUACUGACAGCCAUCUUGCAUUGUUUUAGACAUAUCAAACAAUGUUGCUGGUCCUUCCACCCCCCCCCCCCCCCCCCCCCCCCCGCCAUCACUACCCUACAUUAUUUAUUCCCUAUAUUAUUUAUGUUUGAUUUAUUGUUUGUUUGUUUUUUUCAUCCUUUGACUUUCAUGCCCUUGUCUUAUUCAAAAGGACAGCAUUCCCUUCACAUUUUGUUGUUGUUGUUGCUGUUUAUGAUGGAGGUAGAGCCAGGAUGCGUUUUUCAGAGUUGAAGAAAGUUUUCUUUAAUGUUUACAAGGAACAUCCAGACAGUUUUCUAAAGGACGGUGUGUUUCCCAGCACUUUUUAAGCGUCUGGAUGAUGAUGAGCAAUACUGGUCUGAUGUCAACACUCUUUGAUUUGACUCAUUUGUUCUUUUCUUCAAUGUGAUACAGUAGCUCUAUGUGAUAGUGCCAUUCAGCUCUUAUUAGAAUUAAGCUAUUAAAUUAAGUUAUAGAUUUAAAUUUGCGAAUGAUUGUUAUGUGUCAAGUAGAUUUUAUCUAGGUCUUUUUUUUUCUUGUUCACAGGGAUGAAAUAUUCUUUUCGGUAAUAUUUCUUACAUUGCAUUCCAGGUAGAUUUGGGUUUUACAUGCGAUGAGGUAACAUCAGCAUCUGCAUCGCUCUUCAUUUAACAAAAGAGUGGAAUAGUCGACUAACAGUGUUUUAUGUUUUAUUUUCCCAUGUCUCUGUGUCUGUGGAACAUUCCGUUCUGUUUCAGUUGUGCCCCUUACGAGCUGUUAAACCUCUUUACACUCUAUCAGUCUGUGCCUGACAGAAUUACGCUGUCAAUCAAAACCUUUUCAAUAAACAAAACAAAAUGA